CGGUUCUUCAGGCCUUUGAGCAGGGGGGAUCUUUAUCGUGCCACGGGACCUCGAAUUUGGCGGUUUCAUCCGAAGGACCACCCCAAUUAGUCGCCUCUUACGACAAGCAAGGGGUACUGAGGACCUAUUUUAUCCCGGAUCCCCAGUAUAUAGUACAAAUUGUGUAUCAUUCGAGGAUAUGGAAGGCUCCCACUUUCUGUUUAUUGCGCUUGUGCAAGCAAUACACGCAAUCGUAUUUCAACUGAUCGGGUUGGUGUCACCGCAAUGGUAUAAUCAGAAAGAAGGAGUUGGUGGUCUGUGGAAGCAAUGCGUCGGCAAUAUGUGCACGUACCUUACUAGUGAAGGCUGGUUGUCAGGUGUACAAGCUAUGAGUAUUUUGGGGUUCCUGGCAGUUACGGUUGCUGGAGUGAUGAUAGUCUUAAAAAUGUUCAUAAUGAAAGACCAGGUUCAAAUUCUCCUUGCGGCAGCAGUGGCAUCGUUUGUUGGAGCUUUCUUCAUCUUAAUGUCGAUAGCAGUCUACGCUGGCGAGAACGAUGGGAAAGGCCUUACUUAUGGCUUCGCCUUUACCUUCAGCAUAUUAGGGAUGGUAGCCGCUAUCACAGCUGGAGGCGCAUUGUUGUUAGUGAUGAAAGAAGAGAAUUGACAUAAGAAUGUAUCACUAGUUUAACGACAAUCUAAUAAAUGAAUUCACAGACA